UGCAAGGAAGGGAGGAAGGUCUUUGUGUGUGAGUCAGGCCGCGUCGGUCACACCCAUCCCCGGCUCUCCCCCUCCUACACCGCCCGCCAUGUUCUGGAGGAGGGGAAACCUUUAGCCUGACGUUAGCAUUAGCAAUACUUUAGCUAGGCGGAGGCGCAACAAGCUCUUUGAACGCUGCAAUAAGUACAUUAUUGUGAUUUUUUUCGUUUGUUUGAUUUUUUUUUCUUAUGUUACCACUCGAAUUAGGGAAUACAUUGAAGGGUUUAUAGCCCUGGACUCUCUUUUAAAUCUGGUCCAGUUCGAUAUCUACGGUAAUGGAACGGUUGCAAGUCCUGUCGGCACUUUGUGUCUGGAGAUGGUUUUAACAGACAUUGUUCUGGAGGACUCAGGAACACUGCACUGGCCUGAAGAAGCCUCAUAAACUCUCGUCCAGCUCAAACUUUUUUUCGACAAGGAGACUUCAUACAGAACACUCCUACGUUAAAGAUAACGCACCUGUUUCCUUGAUACGCAAAUCUUUUGAACGCUCCUAUCCUUCAGAGAGUUCAAAUUGUGUUUAUCCUCUUGGUGUCCCAUCUCAUCGCCACAAUGCCAAGCUCCACGAUCCGUCGCCAAAUGAAGAAUAUGGUGAACAACUACUCUGAUGCAGAAAAGAAAGUCAGAGAGGCCACAUCCAAUGACCCCUGGGGGCCCUCAUCUUCACUCAUGUCUGAAAUCGCCGACUUAACUUACAAUGUGGUGGCCUUUAGUGAGAUCAUGAGUAUGAUCUGGAGACGGCUCAAUGACCAUGGCAAGAACUGGCGUCAUGUUUACAAAGCCCUCACCCUGCUUGACUACCUUAUCAAGACCGGCUCGGAGCGAGUGGCGUUGCAAUGCAAGGAGAACAUCUUUGCCAUCCAAACUUUAAAAGACUUCCAGUACAUUGACAGAGAUGGUAAGGACCAGGGCAUCAACGUAAGGGAGAAGAGCAAGCAGCUCGUGGUUCUUCUUAAAGACGAAGACCGUCUCAAAGGAGAGCGGUCUCAGGCUUUGAAGACCAAAGAGCGUAUGGCCCAGGUUUCCACAGGGAGCAAUCAGAUGGGCUUUGGUCGAGGCUCAUCCCAACCCAACCUCUCCACUUCCUACAGUGAAGAGUAUGGCAGGUCAGAGGGCUCGCCCGCCUCCUACCAUGGCUCCACUUCUCCCAAUGCGGGAUCAGAAUUAGAGCAAGCGAGACCUCAGACAAGUGGUGAGGAGGAGCUACAGUUGCAACUGGCUUUAGCCAUGAGCAGAGAGGCAGCGGAGCAGGAGGAGCGCAUACGCAGAGGGGAUGAUUUAAGACUACAGAUGGCUUUAGAGGAAAGUAAGAAAGGAGGUCCAGACUCCGGCAAACUGGCACGCAAGAAAAAAGAGCCACAGUCAUCUCUGAUGGAUUUGAUGGACGUCCCAGAGCCAGGCCCUGGUGGUGAUCCCUGGGGCGCCGGAGCUCUGGCCAAAGGAGACCCCUGGAAACCUUACGGUUCUGGUCCCAAGUCAGCAGCCUCAACAGACCCAUGGGGGGCUCCUACCUCAGCUCCACCUAUGAAAAGCAGUGAUCCCUGGGCAUCAAACUCCACUCCGGCAUCUGAUCCCUGGGGCUCGGCAGCCACUCGGCCCAAGGGUUCCAAGCCAGGUAGCUUUGACCUGUUCAGUGAAUCCAAUGGUGAUGGUGUUAUACCAUCUUCUGUUCCCUCCCAAGCCAGUCUUCCUAACAGCAGCAGCUUGGACCUCUUCGACCCCCUCCCUUCCUCCAUUUCUACAUCUUCAAAUCCAACCAGAAAGACUCCAGAGUCUUUCCUGGGCCCCAACGCGGCCCUGGUCAACCUGGAUUCUCUGGUGACCAAACCGGCCCAACCUGCACCAGCAUUCAACCCGUUCUUGGCUUCAACAGGUGGCGCCGCUGCAGCCUCCAACUCUCAUGCCAAUCCCUUCCAAGUGAGCCAGCCUGCUCCACCAACACUCAACCAGAUGCGAGUAAGCCCUAUGCCUUCGGGGUUCGCCAGCGGCAUGGCUGAUUCCAUGGCCAUAUCAUCCUUGCCCACCCAACCUGUCCCCAUGGUCCCUUUGGCGGGCAUGACCCCCGUGGGACGCCCGAUGCCCGCAGUGGGGGUCGGUGCUAUGCCCCCGCCACUGAUGAGCAUACCCCCCCAGGCCGGGGCGCAGCCCACUGGAGCCACCAACCCGUUCCUUUUGUGAAGGGGAUUACUGCGGACAACUUGUGCCCAGAAUACCCUCACCCCACUUCAUAUCCUAUUUUAAGCUAUAGAAAGCUUCAUCAAGGAGUUGUCUUGUCCCAUUUAUCCUUUUUUUUUCCUAACCAACCUCUGCCAAGGUCGUAGACAAUGUGGCAUCCAUAACAUUACCACGCUCUUCCUCCUCUUCCUCUCUCAGUGCUACAAACUGCCUAGUCUGACGUGUUCCACUUCGAUCUGACACUGAUGUGUAUCACUGUCCAUUUGGCAUCAGAGUUAGAAUAGGAGGGGUGUUUCCAAUUACCCCCCACCCACCAGAGGCAAGUUUAGACAGUCCACUUGUCUCUUGUAGGAUUGCUACUUUCAUUUGUGGAGUGACACAAACCUGACUACUAAUGCCAGGAUCUUAUCUCAUCACUUGAGCUAAUCGUUUUUAAGCCCUGUCAGCUAACGAGUGUCUUUGUGUGUAUGUAAGUGUGUGAGUGGUUGCAUAUAAUAGUGCUAUAACACUGUUGUAUUUUCCAGAAAGCUUUUCCUUCACUUAACUUGAGUUGUAAUGAUAGAAACGGUCAGAUAUGUUUAUACUGUGCGUGUGUAUGUGUUUGUUUGUGUGUUCCGAAGCAGGGAUUUUGCACAUUUUUUUUUCUUUUUUAAACAAAUGAUUUCAGCGACUGUUGGGCUCACCGUUACACCUUAGUGUAGUUCAGGAGGCUAGUUGUAAAACAGGAUGAGACCGCUUCAACUGACUUUUUCUACACCACUCCAUCACAGAGCUUUUCAUGCCACCCAAUCGGAACCCCUAGGUCACGGUUUUAACAUUGUGAAUGCUUAUCCAAAGAGAUGGACUCCCUGUCCAAAUUCGGUGGCACGGUCACAGAUCCGGCAACUCAUGUUGACAUAUGACAUUAACCCCCACCCAAAUGUGUUUAGUCAUAAAGUUAUGAACUGGGAUCACGUCAGUAUUCAACAACAUAGUGCGACGUGGGAUUUUUUUUCUUUUUUUUGUACUAGGGUCAAAGGGAUGAGGGCGUGUAUGUGUUCAGCUUUCAUGUGUUCUUGAAUGAGAAAUGUCAUUUUGUAAGUUCUCCCCUGUGGUCUGCUUUUUUGGUGUUGGUUCCAUCAGCCAAUCAGCAACUUGAUGAGUGGAUCUACUGUGACGCACCCGUCUGUAACGAUUUAAUGUUCGCAAACCACACCUGCUUGUGCUGGUCUUUUGAUCAGUGGAAUUCUGCACGAGAACGGCAAACUGUAUUCCUGGGAGGUAGUAGGUCAUAUCUCACGAUUUACUUUUUGUUAUUUUCUCAUGUUAAGCCGUAGCAGAUCCUUUUUACAUUGUUUAGGUGUGUUUACUAGCUGCGUAUUCUAAGGUCAUCCUUUAGAAGCACAACUGUUACCAAAGUCACAGCGACUGAUCUCUGAGGCCCCCUCAACCCCCCCCCCCCCCACUUUUUUUUUUUCUUCCCAGAGUAGACCCAACAUCAGUCACUUUCAACUGUUUUUCCCUGUUAGUUGAUCUACACUCCAUUGUUACUAUUUUCCAUGUUACUUAGAGGUAUUUUUUUAAGUUUGUGGAAAGUAUAUUGGAGGAUUACUUUGUCAAAAAAAAGAGCAUGUGUAAUAAGAGAUGAUGGAGACAACUCCUAUCUCUUCAAUUGUCUAUCACUGCCAAUGUUUUUUUUACGUUUUCUCUCCUUUUAGUUUGUUGCAACCCCUUCUUCUCAGCUGUGCUUUGCUUGCGAAACAGGAUCAUUUUGCUCAAAAUGCAGACAUUUCUCUCAGGCAAAUCAAUGGAAGGGCAGCUUCAACUGUGCAUGAGGUGGACUUUGAAGAAGGAAGCUGGUGGUUUUUUUUUUUUUUUGGUUCAUGAAUUGAGGAUGCAAUGCCUACAGCCCAGAAAACAUUUUUAAUCACAAAAAAUAUAUGCAAAUAUUACACUGUCAUUUAAAAAAAAUACAUUCACCGCCUGGUGUGUUUUGCUAAGUCAAAUUUGCGAUUACUCUUGUUUACGAAACUCUGCAUGAAGUAAUGUAGCUAUGAAAUGCCGUUUUCUCCCUCACCUUGAUUUAACUAACAUUCAAGCAAUGAUGGAUCAAGGCAUUGGCUACAUUAAAAGAGGAAAACGCAUACGAUAACUGUUGAAUUAUGCUUCAAUGACCACUUUUUCCGGAACGUUUCAAAGUGGUGAAUUAGUUCAAUGUAGCCUGCGUGUCGCGAGCUCAUUUUGCAUCACUUUGUACUCACAGUGCUUUUAUUAAGAGGAAUAACUGACCUUAGACUGUCUUUAUAUGCAUUAAUAGCCACCUUUUUAUUCUCCACAUCUAGUUACCCUAAUCGUAGUACUGGGAGCAGGCUGCUUUUUAUUCGGUAUGUGCUCAAUCUGUCGGCAUUAUAACUGUAUAAUAUAAUUUAUCAUUUGUAUUAUUGUAACAUACCGUUCUUUUGUUGAGCUUUAUCAUUCUGUGUAAUGGGUUUUUAUAGGAAACGUCACCGUGGAAUCCUAACGGCAUCUAAAACGAGCGCAGCAGGCCGCACCCUGGUGGCUGGCGAUGAGUGCAGCUGCAUUGGUUUCAAAAUAAAAAUGUAUCACUUCAGCUCUG